GGAGCCGGAGCAUGCCGAGCAUGCCGGAGCGGGACGUGGAUCCACGGCGGGCCAUGCAGAGCCGUUUCUUUGCAGCACAAGAGGAACACCCAGAAGUGCCACCAGAGGAUGGUUCUGAUGAGGUGGCGAUGGCGCAGGCCUUAGCGAACCUUUGCAGCCUUGCACAGGCCAGAAGCAGGGGCGAAGAACGCCUCCGCGCGGCCAGGGACUUACUGCAGAAGAUCCAGGUGGCCACUCCCACGGCACAGGCCUCGCUGCGUGUCCUGUGGACAGAGCUGAAGAGCUUGAGACGAUGCAGAUCCACCAAGGAGGAGGCCUUGAAGCUCCAGCUGCUGGUGGCCGAACGCGCCCGUGUGGCCGUCGGUUGGACCUUGCGGAGCCGAGGUGCAAAGAAAUCACCCAAAGAGUCCGUUGAGGAUCAGCCCGCAAGAAGAGCUAGAAAAAAGCCAGCAGCGGCAGCCCCGGCAGCCCUGGCAGUGGUCCCAGAUAGCGGCCUGGCCGCCAAAGAUUCGGAUGGACCAAGCGCCAGAGGUCCAGUGGUAGAGCCAGCAGAGAUUUCGGUGGAGGAAGAGGCCCCAAAGCAGAGGUCCUUGGAGGAGAGGGAGUCCGAUAGCGAUGUCAUCAUGGAGAUUCAUGAGGAUGGCCCAAAGAUCGCCCCAGAGAAGGAGAUGGCGCCGGUUGGGAAGGCGAAGCCUUUGAGACAGAUGGCCGCGUUGACAAAGAUGUGGAGGCCAAAGAAACGCCGAAAAAACGACAGUGCAAAGAAGGACAAAGGCAAAGUACCUGGCACUGGAGAGAAGGAAAGUUUGGAGCCUGCCGAAAAACAGAGAGAUGAGCCAGCAUCGAUGGCACUCCCACCUACGGCUGAGGAGGAUCAAGCUGACAGCGACGUCAUUGUGGAACACUCCCACAAGGAGGAACUGGAUUGGUCCCGACUGGGUGACUUGGUGUCCGACCAGCUCUUCCAUUGUAAAGGUGCCAAAGUUUCAGGAUGUCCUUGGUGCGAGCGUCGUGGCGCCAAGGUGGAGGCUGUAGAGGCCCUGACAACAUGCCCAAGGCAUCCAUGCGUCGCCCUCCCGCAGCGUUCUCGCAGAGCGCAGCAAAGUCACGAGGCUCCUGAGAGCCUGGAGGCAUUGCAGCAGCGCUGUGAAGUGUAUCGUCGCCAGGGGACUUGCAGGCAUCUGUGCUCAGAGCUGUGCUACUUCCGCGAGUUUGAAGCUGCACGGCAGCUUCGGGCCUUGCAGGACCGAGCACAGGCCACCGAGCUGCCAUGGCCAUCUUGGACAGCCAGGCUGGCUUUAAGCCAAAGAGCACCGUACUGGUGUGCAGGGAUGCCUAGUGAAUCCAAUGGUCGCAUGUCGGUGGCGAUUCAUGCUCUCGAAAGCACCGACUGUGAAGUUAUCAGGGAGGUACAUUUGGGUGAAUCAGGUUACUUGCCCCUUCGUCAUAGCGCUUUGUUCUUCGCAGCUAAUCGCACAAAUCGCCGGCGAAAAGCCGACGAGGAGGCGAAGUCUUUGUGCGAGCUUCUGAUCCAGCGCGGCAUCCCGUUGAAGGAUCAUGACGCGCUGAACCAAACCGCACUUUUCUACGCGGCACGGAGGGGCCAUGUAGAAACAAUUAGAUAUCUGAUUAGCAAAGGCCUGGACCCCAACGUUGUGGACACGAAUGGGGAAACUGCGUUGUUCUUUGCUGUCAGGGGAAACAGGAUAGCUGCGGCCCAGGCCUUGUUGGAAGGCGGGGCGAAUUUGGAAGUCGUCAACAAUGAAGGCAACACGUGCUUGAGCCUGGCGCCGACUGCAGUCUUCUGUCCUUUGCAGGAGGAGCGCAAGAAACGGCGCCUUUAUGACGACUCAGGUCCCGGGGAAAAGCGCCAACGGACAGCAAUGGAAGUGCUGCGUGCAUGGGCCAAUGAGUGGCCAGCCAGGGAGCCGAUCCCCAGAAACGAACAGGUAAACUACAAACAGGAGGACAUCAUAGACGAAGCCAAUGGGUACGUUGUUCUGCACACGUGCCCGAGAGAAUGCGCGGCACAGGUGCGCGUGUGUGAGAAAAAUUUUGUGGCAGAUCAUGCCCAGUUCCUCGAAGAACAACCAUGGUUUAAAGAUCUGUCACCUCAGGAGUGGUGCAAAACUGUGGAUGUCAUUGAGGACGAGUCAGGUGUCGCUGUGGAGGCCAUCAAGGCGGUGGUGACUGGAGAGAGGCCAUAUCACUUCACUUUGCCGUUGGUGGAGGUGAAUUCUGGGUUAGUGGCUGGAUAUAUUCAUGCGGAACGGAAGCCGAAGGAGCUGGCUAUAUUGCAGCUUAAAGUGAAGAGCCCGCAUAUGAAUCAAGGCUUGGGAAAGCUGCUGCUAGCAGCAGCUGAACGACACAGCCAAAGAAUCGGGUGGAAUCACCAGAGUACAUACUUGCACGUAUUGAAGGCGAACGAGCGGGCACAAAGAUGCUACGCAAAAGCUGGAUUUAAGUACGAAUCAAGCAGAAGUGCGAAGUGGGGAAAGGAAUUGCAUGAAGCAUCCGAAUGGCAGAAAUGGAAGAAGGUGGUCUUCCACGAAGCCUCUGGAGCAGUGCUGGGAUCCCAUCGCUGUGCCUACCAACGGCUGAGGUCCCAGCUCCCAACUGGAGCGUUGGAACCGCCACGCUGGUGCUUGCACCGAAGCGAAGUGAAUGAUGUGCUGGAAAGUCCCUUCGGCCUCAUCGAGGAGCUGCUGGCAGAUGAACCCUGGCAACUCUUGACCACCUGCAUCUUGCUGAACAAGACUGGACGUGCUGUUGUAGACCGGAUGCUGCCAGAAUUCCUUGCCAUUUGCCCAGGUCCACAAGGGCUCCUGGACACUGCUCCAGAGGUGUUGCACAGGAUCUUCCAACCUUUGGGCCUGCACCGGAAGCGGGCACGCAUGCUACGACGCUUCAGUGAGGAGUACAUGGAGGCGGAGAGGGAAGCCGAGUGCGACUUCAUCCCCUUGGAGCGCGUGCGCAGGUUUCAUGGUGUUGGUAAAUAUGCCAGCGAUGCCUACGAGAUUUUUGUCUUGAAACAAAUCUCCACGGUGCAGCCCACCGACGUGUACCUGCGAUGGCAACUGGGUGGCAAAAGGUACCGAGAGGCAGCCCUGAACACGCUCGACGGAAACGACGCAAAAGACGUAGCCAAUGGUUGGUUCGGCUUCAGUUUGGCUCAAGUUCCCAGCUCUCCGCAGAAGUCGCCCUUGGUGAGCAACUACGACGAGGCAAUGAAGCUCCAGCGGCCCAAGCUGGGCUCGUGGGAGCCGGGAAGCUCUGGGAAACGCGCGGGCUGGCAGAUGGACUUUUCCCUCGCUGCUGAAACACAUAGUGAGCUCAGGGCAACACCAGCUUCCUUCGAUUGGGCCUCUCCAAUCCCUCGACGACGGCCAUCCGCACUGACGGCCUGGGGCAGAUGGGGCAGGAAUGUCCAUCCAAAAAAGAAGAGAUGCUGGCAAUUUUAA